GAGUCCCUUCGGCGGGUGGACGUAAUAGUGUGGGACUUUCCCCACGUUCCCGGGCGGGGCUGACCUGGACUAAGGACGUGUCGGCGGUUCAGCCUCUUUUAUCCGUGACUGAAUGUAGAUGGACUCAGCCAUGUGGAAACAGGUGACACCAUGCCAAAGUUCAACUCUGAGGAGGAAAGUUUUCUCUGCCUAAACCUCAAACAGGAAUGGCUCAACUCACAGGAGGAUUUCUCUAGCAAUAGAGUAAAGCUCAGAUGUUUCAUAAGGCAACACAGGACCAAGACUACGUGGGGCAUCUUUGCUGAUCCCAGGCACUCCGUCCUGCCCAUCUGGACUUGGGCCUGAAAGAUCCAGGGAACGUUUGGGAGCAUGGCGGAGAGGAGAGGCUCCACAGGCACUGAACCGCUGAAUCUUGAGGCAGGGGGCCCGAGGCCUUCUGAUCCAGACGGGGCGAGGCCUCCUGAUGCAGCCGGUGCAAGUGGAGCAGGAAAUGCUGCUGCUGUCCCAAAGUGCAUUGCGGACCAAAAGUACGCCUUAGCAGCAGCUGUUCUCAUCACAGUUUUGCUUAUUGCUGUAAUUGCAUUGGCUGCUAAAAAAACACCACCAUGUGCCCCUUGUCCUCCCCCUAUUGAUGCUGCCUGCCCGGAUGGCUGGGUUGGGUAUGGAGGAAAAUGCUACUAUGCAUCAGAAGAGGAAAGGAAUUGGAACAUCAGCGCAGUGAAUUGUUCCUCAUUUGACAGUACCUUGGCUGUGAUUGAUAGCCGACGGGAUCUGGAUUUUUUAAUGAAAUUUACUCGCCCCUUUCAUUUCUGGAUUGGCCUCUCAAGAGAAGCCUUGGAAAUGCCCUGGAGAUGGCCCAAUGGCACACAGCUUAAAAACUGGUUUCCAGUGCGAGGAGGAGGCCUCUGCGGGUACAUCAAUGACAAUGGGCUCAGUAGUACCAGGUGUUCCACAGUGAAGAAUUUCCUCUGCAGCAAGGAUGAUGCAUGCAUCACCAGGAGAAAAAGAGAUGCCUCCUCGUCUCCAUCUACAUAAGGGGACCAGCGCCAGCUCUUCAGAGAUCCAGGACACCAUGAAGGAACACUGCUUUUUCUGAGGAAGCCUGAUCCUGAUAUUAGAACACCCAGGCCCAUUUCUGAGCUUUUCAGCAUCCUAAACCUAUUCUCUGUCUAUAACUCGGAGAUUAUGAAUGUGACGGUAGCAUCACUGCAAGGGCCACUGGAGGCUCCCAGUCACCUCCGCCUCUCUCUUGCUCGCUCUUUUUGCAGUAGCUGCUCAUUUUCAUACAGCAGGGGGCUGGCUUCUGUGAUAUGGGCUACCAGAGGAGGCUUUGGAAGGAGGGAGUCAGGGGAAGCUGCCACUCUUAUGCUGUACAGUGGAUGAGGGUUGAAGGUAGAGAGGAGAACACAGAAGCAGGGCUAGUUAACUGUGGUGGGAGGGAGCCCAAGUGGUAAACAGCCACGUGAUUGGCUAGUUGCAAUGGGGCACUACACAGGCACAGGAAGGGGCGGGGAAGCUGAACGUGAGGACGAGAGGGAGAGAGUGCUGGGAUAUUUUGCAGCACUGCAUCGAUGAGGGUGCUCUCAGUGAUGAGAAAAAGAUCCAUCCCAAUCUAAGGGCUAAAAAAUGAGCCCAGACAAGUUUCCCUGUCUGGUGACUUACUACCUGAGGCUUUGUGUGGAUUUAAAUGGAAGGGUGAGUUGGGUGGGAGAAAAAGUGAGAAGAGAGCAUCCACAGAGAAGCCCCCAAAUCUGCCUUUUCUCACAAGGGCAGCUUUCCAGUCUGUAGCAGACAUGCAGGUUCCAGGUCAUGUAAGAAUCCUCUUCAGGCACGUGUAGGCUGCCUUCAUUCCAAGCCAAAAAGCCGGCUGCAUGGAUGGACUGAGGCUUUUCCGAGGACAAUCACCAGUUGAGCGGCAGCCUCUUUUGAAUCUCAGGAAGAAACUGGGUAUAAGAGGGUCUGACUGUUGAAAAUCUGAUCUGUGGGACCAACAAAUAAUCUCCCAGCUUGCGGGCUGCAUUUCACACUUUUGCCCAUACGACUGUGCUCCUGGGCUUCCCCAACUGUGGGGGACUUGUAAUUGUACCCAGCGUUUCCUCACCAUUGCUUCUCCACCCCCGCUUCUGUCCCUCAGUACUUCCUCUUUCUGCCCGGAGGGGAAAGAGGAAGUAAACAAAGACUACAUGGCCCAUUCAGGGGCAGUUUUCAUCGCACGGCUUUUCCUGCACACAGCAGGAGAUCGCAGCACAUUCCGUUUUUUGUUUUUUUUUAAGUUGGAUUAAAAGGGGUCUAUUUUGCAACAGAAAACCAAAGAGUGGGAGGCACACAUCAAAAAGUGGGCAGAAGUGAGUGAGCAAUAAAAUGCUCCUCAGAUAAAACGCUUUAAUAACCCAAGGCAUGGUAUGUGAUUAAAAAGGAAAAUGGAAUUUAUUUUACAGGAAAAGAGAGUUUACGCAGCAUUUUAAGCCACCCUCUUUUACAGAGGACAGUCCUCACUUUGAAGGGCUGCCAGAGGACUGUCCUUAUUUGAAGGCGUCUUUUCGUCCUAGGGAUGUCCUGUUCAAUUCCAAUUUAAAGGUAAUGAACCAGAAGAGCUGUUGCCCAUCAAGUUAGCAAUCAAACAGCACAUGGGGUGAAUAAGCAGCAUGCAGGUCACUUAGACACAGAGUGGGUUCAGAUAACACGAUAACCAAUGGUGGUUUAAAUAGUUGACGGUUGGUUAUUUUAUUUAUUUGUUUAUUUAUUACAUUUUUUUAUACCGCCCAAUAGCCGAUUUGGGUUAUCAUGUUGUGUGAAGAGAGGUUUUUAACCAUUGGUUGGUUAUUUGGCUGAAAUAACCAACGCUGUGCAGAGUUGGCUAUUUGAACCACCAUUGGUUAUCGUGUUGUGUGGAGAGAGUUUUUUUAGCCAUUGGUUGGUUAUUUGGCUGAAAUAACCAACGCAAAUAACCCAACACUGUGCAGAGUUGGCUAUUUGAACCACCAUUGGUUAUCGUGUUGUGUGGAGGGCACCAUUGGAUAUUUCUUCAGCCACUGUUGGUUAUUUCGUCAGCCACAGAGUUGCAAGGCAAGAGGGGUCAAAGCAGUGGCUGCUGUUCUAGUCCAGCCGGCAGGAUGGAUUUUCGGCAGCAAUGGCUGAUGAGUUACUAGCAGGAGGACUGAGAGGGGAGAGAGGGCAAGAGAUGAGUGACAACUCAGGCAUGAGCAUGGACUAAUAGUCAAUUCACACCACAGUUGAUAAUUAUGUUGUGUGGGGUGUACCCGCUUGAUAAACAAGUAUCGAGUUGAUUAUUGCCCCACCACUGACUAUCAUGUUGUCUGAACGCAGCCAAUGUCUUCCACACUAUGUUGAGAUGCACUGUAUUCCUAAUUAAAUUAUACUAACAAUUUCUAAAUUGGCAUGUGUAUGUAUGAAUUAGCAUAUGCAAAUAUUAAAAUCACAGCCCCUUUUUGUCCUGUUUUUGGUGGUACUGGUACUUUUUUUUGAGGGGGGGGAGUAAUUCUAGCCCAAUGCAGAACUAGAUGUGCCUAAGCCCAUUGAUCUAAGUCUGCACAAGGUAUGUUUAAGCUUCAUAGGCCAAGAUCUAGAGAAGUGACGUAUCAAUUGAAAUUAGGUAAAGGCAAAAUCAAAACAUCUGACUUUUAUAAAAUAUGACAGGACUUUUUUCUAUAUAGAAGGACAUGCACAGCAAUAUUUGUCAAAGCCUUUUCUCAGAUUAUGGAAAAGGGACUAAAUAUAAGAUUGGCAUCCAGAAGAAUUAUAAAGGACAUUUCUAAGUAGCCGAUGGUGGCAGGUUCAGUACAGAUAAAAGGAAAGGUUUUGUCACAUAGUGCAUAGGUAAACUAUGGAAUUCGCUACCACAAGAUGUAGUGAUGGCCAUCCAUUUGGAUGGCUUUAAAAGGGGAUUAGAACAGAUACUACACUUGAUCUUAGCCCAAAGGCCGAGAAGUGAAAAAUUUGCCCUGCUUGCAAGUAAGUUGAGAGCUAGGCAUCAAGACCAUUCACAAGUAUUGUAAUGGGGAGUUGGAGAUUUUGCCCUUUUAAAAUGUGUUGUCCUAGUUCCCCACUGUGAAGCUCUUAAUUUAUGUAAAUGCAAUUUUGUAUUUUUAUAUUCUUGUAUAUUUGUUUAUCUUUUUAUUUUAAAUUAUCUAUUUUUAUUCCACUUACGUAUAGCUCAUCUUUUUACUUGUAUUUUAUUUUUCUAACUAUGUUAAAUUGUGAUGGUUUAUCGCUUUUAGCGAUAAAGAUUUCAUUCAAAGGGGGUUGGAUAAAUUCCUGGAGGAGAAAGCUAUAACGGCUACUAGUCCUUAUGGCUAUGUGCUACCUCCAGUAUCAGAGGCAGUAAACUGGGGAACACGUUUAGGAGGCUGCUGCUGUACCCGUGUCCUGCUUGUGAGUUCCUGGUUGGCCACUGUGUGAACAGAGUGCUGGACUAGAUGGACCCUUGCUCUGAUCCAGCAGGGCUCGUCUUAACGUUCUUAAGGAUUCUAUGUAUGGCUUGGUGUGUAAAGUGGAAAAAUAUGAAGAGAGAUUAAACGUACUACCCUCUGUCAAGAAUUUGAUAUAAAUUCAGUGUAUUUCUUUUUGUUUGUUUUCCUUUUAGUCUUCAUUUUUUGUUUUGUUUUCUUUCUGUUGAUUUUGUUAGGGAAACUAAUAAAAUCUUUAAAAAACAACAAAAAAA